AUGAGUGACCUAUCAUCCCCUACCGCUGCUGCGGAGAAGAAGACGCAACAAGACACACACGCCAACGCGCCACCGCCAACAUCCACAUUACCCCCUUCCGAGCCAUCGACCUCCGCCCUCACCGCCACAGAUGCCGAAGCCGCCUCGACAUCACCACCCGAGCCGCUCGAGGGCCUGGGUCCCGCCUCCGAGCUACCCAUCGGAGCCCCGAUUGCCUCCACCCUCACCGCAUCUCCCGCCCUCGCCAUCACCCUCAUGCUCACCACCGGCGCGAGACAUCCCUACCGAAUCGACGAGAAAUACCUCAAGAACCGCAAGGUGGAGGCAGAGGCGCAAGACGGCACCUUUGACCCGAGGGAGAUCAGCGCGUACCAGCUGAAAGAGUUGAUCUGGACGGACUGGAGAUCGGAGUGGGAGCCGCGACCCGCAAGUCCGAGUAGCAUUCGCUUGAUUAUUCUAGGCCGUUUGCUGGAGGACAAGAGCCCCUUGAAAGACUUCCCAUUCAAACUCGACAACCCUAAUGUUGUGCACAUGACGGUGAAGCCCGCGGACUUCUUGGACGAUGAUGAACCGGGGGCAAAGGGAACGGGCAAAGGACAAUCGAUCAGAGGGCGAGAUGGCGAAGACAGAGGCGCUGGCUGUCGCUGUGUCAUAUUAUGA